AUGUUUGCGGAUGUGUUUUCGGAUAUUCCAAAAGAUGAAAAGGCAUAUCGAGCCAUUGGACUCAUUUUGAAAGACUAUGGGCACUAUGAUGCGGGAAUUGUCGCAUGUGCUGCAUUGGGAAUAUCUAUCUCGGAGGCAGAUCGUUUUCGCACAUUAGUUGUUCUCGUGCAGGUAUAUGCAAAAUUAUAUGAUGACGAAGAAGGCGACGAAUCUGACAACGACUCUGGCGAUAUCUCUGAUGAGGUCUCUGACGUCGAAUCCAACAGUGGGAAUGCCGGGAACGAUCCCAACCAAUACAAUGCCAUAGCAUAUAAGACGAUCUGCGAAGCUCUUUCCAGUAGACCUUCUUCCGUGGAUGAUCCCACUACAGAAGAGGAAGCUCGACUUUUGAUUCGAGAAGCGCUACUAAUCCAGGGUGACUGCGAGCGUGCUAUGGAUAGACUCGAUGAGGCUGUGAAAUCUUACGGGGAAGCGAGAAUCAUUUGCUCCUCCGAGAUCCUGGAUGGGGUUUCUCUGAACGAAAUAAAAGAAAUUCUUGGAGAACAAUCGAGAUUCGUGGAACUUAUGGAGAACGUUGAACAGUGA